CCGUCUACUCACUCGCGCGCGAAUCACGGCGAGAAUCGCGACGCGAAGCGCGGCGCGAUUUGGAGCAAGAACUGCCAACAGUCCACACUCGCAGAGGUUCGCGCCGGGCUCACAGUAUAGUUUGCGCUCUUGACGCGUAUGCACGCCAAGUAUUUAAUAUAUUUUAAUCUUCCAAUUUUUCUCAAUCAAUCAACAUACUUGUGUUGUCGGUAUGGAUAGUGAAACCACUACAGCAGCUGCGGGGCUACUUUGCGCUUUGGCAAUUUAUAGUUACGCCUUAAAGAAAAAACGAACAAUUCAAAAGAAGCAAAGAAAACGGAGAUGGUGGAUUACCACCAUUCACCGAAACAGAACCAGUGCAACUAUGGAGAAGCAGUUGAAUGAACUACUUGCAGAACCUUCAGAGGAAUUCAAAAAGUUUUCCCGGAUGUCAUUAAAUGAUUUUGAAUAUUUGCUUAGUCAAAUUUCAACACGAAUUUCAAAACAAGACACCCAAUUACGAAAAGCUAUUCCUGCCCAGAUACGUCUUGCUAUAACACUGAGAUACUUAGCAACAGGAGACGACUAUGAAAGCCUUCAUUUUUUGUUCAAAGUUUCACCACAAAUAAUAUCAAAAUUUAUACCAGAAGUUUGCCAUGCCCUAUGUGAAGUGUUAGAGGAUGAAAUAAAAAUACCAUCUUGUCCAGAAGAAUGGCUGCGUAUUGAAAGAGGAUUUGCAAGGAAGUUUCCUCGAGCGAUUGGAUCUAUUGACGGCAAACAUAUUGUUCUCGACUGUCCAUUCAAUUCUGGUUCUGUAUACUAUAAUUAUAAAAGAACCUACAGUAUAGUAUUACUGGCAUUAGUUGAUAGUCAAUAUAAUUUCAUUUUUGCUGAUAUUGGUUGCCAAGGCAGAAUAAGUGACGGUGGAGUUUUUACAAAUAGUCUUUUAUGGAACAAGAUGUGCACAAACAGCUUAAAUUUACCACCACCGCAUCCUUUACCAGGUUUGAAUAUUGAUGUGCCCUACGUUUUUUAGGGGGAUGGAGCCUUUGCACUGUCAGAACAUUUAAUGAAGCCCUAUCCUGAUCAGCACAACAUGGGAUCUGCAAAACGUGAAUUCAACAAAAGAUUAUCUUCAGCUCGGGUAGUGGUAGA